CCCACAGAGAAGCUGCAGCAGAGGGGCAUCUCAGUGCUAAAGCUAUCUGAGGUUGUGCUGCACACGAUUAUAAAUGACUGGAAACAAUAUUUCAACAGGGUUGAAAACAUGUGAACCUAUCCUUUAACAGAAGACUUUGCAGCCAUGGGCAGGGGCCUAUGAAUACGAUUAGCCAUUACAAAUUGGAGAAAAUUGCUGGAAAAUAAUUGGUUAGCAAAUAUUUUGGCAAACUAUUUAUCUGACAAGUCAUCGUUAUGUGGCUGUAGAUUUGGGAGAGGCCCAAUGCAAAUCUGAGCUUCCCACCGAUCCCUCAGUGAGACACAAAGCUUAGUCACAGCUCCUCAGGAUUGGUCAGACCGUUUCUUCUGUCUUCUUGCUUGACUUCCAGCCCAUGUGGUUCUUAACCGUGUAGUUCAACGGCUUCAUCAUCUUUCCGUAACCAGCUUUUCCCGUCACCUUUGCCAGCCAUUGGUGUUGCUGAAGGGACCUGGGAAAUCUGCUUAGAUGUAGCCGUUCGGGCCUAGGGUUCAAAGCCUCCCUCCUAAAUCAUAGAACUUUUCAGGGUUUACUUCAUCACUGAACAUUGUGUUAUUGUGCAGUGUAGCACGCGAUGCACCCCUCCAGAAAUAACUGGUCUGUGAUGAUCAAUAGUGUGUGAUUGUGAAGAUGCAGUACAGGCCCUUCCUAAAACCAUGAUUCCUAAAACCUUCCUAAAACCAUGUAAUAAGAAAUGAAAGAUUAUGGGUGGAAUUUUAUAGGCAGGGCAGUUGGAAGGGUGACCCUAUUGGACCAUAUGUUGAAUUUAACCCUGGACACUUUGUUGGAUACAGGUCAAGGGUCAUUUCCAUUUCAAUUCAGCCCAUUCAGAAAAUUAAUUGAAAUUCAAUUAAUGAAUAAUAAUAAAUAAAAAAAAUACCCAUGGUGUUCAAUUAAUUAUUUGAUUUUUUUUCAAUUAAUUAUUUGAACUUUAAUUAAUUGACUGAACUGAAGUGGAAUUGAUCCUACGGAUUGACUGGGCCUGUUCCUGAGAAAUUUCACCCUGUGGCAUAUCCCCUUUACUUGGUCUCCUGCCAACGGAAAGGGAGCCAUUUUCCAUAUGCCGCAUUGCCGGCAUUACAGAAAGAAUAAAGGAAGAGCAACAAAGGCUUCUAUCAUCCCCCACAGGGGCCGUUUGCUUUUCAGCGAUAAUGGCAACAAACAAAAAUAAUGUUGCAUAAUGAACAGUGCCCAAGAGUCGCGGCCUGCUGGAGGCCUUAUUCCGUCACUCGUCACGUCAGGUUCUCUUCCGCCGAGGAGCAGAGGGGUCAUUUGAGGACACAACAGAACCAAGUCACCACAUGCCAUUCUGAUUAGAUGGGACCGCGCAUUAAUUGUCAGCACGAGCUUAUAACAAUAUAUAUUAAUAUUAAUAUUAAUUGGCACACACAUUUAUUUUCUUUCUUUGCUCAAUGAUUUUGUGUCUUGGAAAAUUAUUUUCUUUCAUCUUCAGAUUAAAAUACCAAUUUCUGUACUUUUUGAAAACAAGUUUAAUGUAUCUCUGAUUAAUGUAUCUCUUCUAAGUCCACAAAAGAAAAUGAAAAAUGGUAUUUAUAAUUUAAUUGACAAGAGUGUACCUUUAAUGUAAAAUGUAUGUACUUUUUCAUUGAUCCAUGUAAUUUGCAAGAGCAUGCAUGUAAUUGUGGCCUAUAGUAAUUGUAACUUUUAAAACUAUGACGUAAUCAUAGAUAUCUCGCAAAUAUGCAAAGUGGCCUCCCUAUCCCUCCCUUAUACACCAGAGGUAUAUAAAUGCUUGCAUAGAUGAUCGAGAUAGAGAGGCAAGGAGAGAAGAGAAAGAUAACUUAUUUUGCUUCACAGAGAGUGACUAAUUAAAAAAAAAAUUUACUUUCAUCUUUAGCCUUCUUGUAUUUUUUUAAAAUCGUUUAUGCUGUAUUAUCCAUAAGUAGGUCUUUAUUUCAUCAGUUUUUAGACUUCGCGGUAUUAAAUAGACAUUAUAGAAAUCGCCAGUGCAACCACCACGUUUAUUUGGGAAACCUGACUGGCGCAUCGUCUACCCCCGCAUCACCUGCCCAGAUCGGACAGCGACAGACAGCCACACUGCUCUCCUGACCCGUCUCAGCUGAACGCAAGGAGGCUUGAGGAGACAAACCCCAUGCUUGCUGACCACGCGACGGAUUAAUUCGACAUCCAUAAAAUGGUGUAUGCUUUUAUCACGUUGCUCUGUGGUCUAGGCGCAGUGGGGUGCCUUCCCUUGUCCCCAAUUAAAGAUGAGAAGGUUACUGACUGUGUGAUGGAGGUGCCAUCAGGGUCUCUGAACGGUGACAGUGACAAUUUGCAGGUUGCCUGUGCCACCAAACUGCAGUCAGGUGAGACAUUGGAUGCUGCACAGAGACACCAGGGUUUGUUGAGAGAGCUGCAGGAGCUGGCCCAGAAUGAGAAAGAAAAAGAGAAGGAAUACCAGAGAGAGAACAACAUUGAUCAUGAGAAAAACAAAAUGGAGGGAGAGAGUGAAGGGGGUGAGGAAGAAGAGUCUGUGUACACCAAGACUGAGGUGACGGGGGAAAAUAAUCUGGAGCAAGGGGACCAGGAGGAGGAAGUGAUAGAGGAGCACAGACUGGAGGUAAGGAAAAGGGAGGAUGAGGAGGAUAGAGAGUUGGAAGAGCUGCUUGAGGAGGAGUUAAAAAAGAGAGGGAGUGAAAAAAGAAGUGACAAGGAGGUAGAGGAGUUGCUGGUGGACCUGAAAAAGAAAAAGAGUGAGACCAAGAAAGAAGAAGAGUUGGAGGAGGCCAAAAAUAAGAGGGGGAAUGAAAAAAGUGACAGGGAGGAGGUAGAGAAGUUACUGGAAGACCUGAAAAAGAGUAGGAGCAAGACUGAGAAGGAGGAGUUGGAAGAGUUGCUUGAAGAGGAAAUUAGGAAGAGAGGGGCUGAGAAAAGGAGUCAUGGGGAGGAGGUAGAGGAGCUACUGGAAGACCUGAAAAAGAGAAGCAGUAAGACUGAGAAGGAGGAGAAGCUGGAGGAGUUGCUUGAGGAGGAAAUUAGAAAGAGAGGGACUGAGAAAAGGAGUCAUGGGAAGGAGUUAGAGGAGUUACUAGAAGACCUGAAAAAGAGAAGGAGCAAAACUGAGAAGGAGGAGGAGCUGGAGGAGUUGCUUGAGGAGGAAAUUAGAAAGAGAGGUACUGAGAAAAGGAGUCAUGGGGAGGAGGAAGAGGAGCUACUGGAAGAUCUGAAAAAGAGAAGCAGUAAGACUGAGAAGGAGGAGGAGCUGGAGGAGUUGCUUGAGGAGGAAAUUAGAAAGAGAGGGACUGAGAAAAGAAGUCAUGGGGAGGAGGUAGAGGAGCUACUGGAAGACCUGAAAAAGAGAAGCAGUAAGACUGAGAAGGAGGAGGAGCUGGAGGAGUUGCUUGAGGAGGAAAUUAGAAAGAGAGGGACUGAGAAAAGAAGUCAUGGGGAGGAGGUAGGGGAGCUACUGGAAGACCUGAAAAAGAGAAGGAGCAAAACUGAGAAGGAGAAGGAGCUGGAGGAGUUGCUUGAGGAGGAAAUUAGAAAGAGAGGUACUGAGAAAAGGAGUCAUGGGGAGGAGGUAGAGGGGCUACUGGAAGACCUGAAAAAGAGAAGCAGUAAGACUGAGAAGGAGGAGGAGCUGGAGAAGUUGCUUGAGGAGGAAAUUAGAAAGAGAGGGACUGAGAAAAGAAGUCAUGGGGAGGAGGUAGAGGAGUUACUGGAAGAUUUGAAAAAGAGGAGUAAGACUGAGGAGGAGGAGCUAGAGGAGUUGCUUGAGGAGGAAAUUAGAAAGAGAGGUACUGAUAAAAGGAGUCACAGGCAGGAGUUAGAGGAGUUACUGGAAGACCUGAAAAAGAAAAGGAGUAAGACAAGGAAAGAGGAGGAGCUGGAGGAAUUGCUUGAGGAGGAAAUUAGAAAGAGAGGAACUGAGAAAAGGAGUCAUGAGAAGGAGGAAGAGGAGUUAUUAGAAGACCUGAAAAAGAAAAGGAGCAAGAUGGAAGAAGAGGUGGGGGAGGCCGAAAAGAAAAAAGGGAGUGAAAAAUGGAGUGAGGAAGGCAAGAAUGAACUACAGUUUUUGGAAGAUGAGAAAAAUCGAGAGAGGAAGCUGGAAGAACUACUUGAAGAGAUGGAGGUUAAAAAGAAGAGGAGUCAAGCAGAAGAAAAGCUGGAAGAGCUGAUGAGAGCGCUGAAGCACGUGAAAGAGCAUGAGCGAGAGAGGGCACGAGAGAGAGAGGUCAUGAAAGAGAGGGAGAGAGAGCUGGAGGAGCUGAAGAAGGAGGAGAAGAAGAAGACCGAGGAGGAGAGAGAGCCACAGAAGAAGCGCGUGAUGGAGAAGGCCUCUGAUGAAGCUACCCAUCAGUUCGACAGAGAGCUCUUUCACAGCCACGGCCACAGCACAGAGAAAGAUCUAGAGGAGGAAGAGGAGGAACAUGAAGAGAAGGCAGACAGAAAGGAGCUGCUGGAGAUCGAGGCCGGGCUGCGCAGAGUGGCUGCGGAGCUGCAGGAGCUGCGCAGAGGCUGAGUGAUGACUGGGACAGGCAGCACACAACACAUACUCCAGAACACUGAUAAACACUGAUAAACACUGAAAAACACUGAUAAACACCAAAAAACACUAUAAACACUGAAAACAUUGAUAAACACUGAUAAACACCAAAAACCACCAUUCAGCACGGAAAAACACUGGUAUAUGAAAAUAAUCCACUGAUAAACACAGAAGAACAUGGAUACACCUGGGAAAACACUGACAAACAUGUUAGCAACUGUGUCCUUAAGCACUGGUCCUCAGGGAGCAAGAAGCUUUUCACUCAAACUUUGUUAAUGUAAUUCAAUCAAUCCACAGGCUUAAUUGGAUGAGCUCAAGCCCUCUUAGCUGUAAGUAAACAAAAAAUCCAGUGCACCAUAGCCAUCUAAGACUAGUGCUGAGGGACCUGUCAAUAAUCACUGAGGUUAACUUAUUCAUGCACCACAUACAACACACUCUUACACAUGCUCCGCUGUAUAUAUAUAUACUGUUCUAUUACUGCCAAUAUACUGUAUAUGCACCCAGACUCAAAGAUCUAUUACACUUAAAUGGCUGUACUGUACUUGUGAAAAUGUUCACCAACUGUAGUUUACCAGAGUAAAGCACUGCAAAAUCUCAGAAUGGGACGUUAUUGCAAAACAUGAAGUUAGCAGAGGAAUAAAAGUGGAUUUCAUCACCUGGGAAACACAUAGUACUGUGCACCUUUUCUGCCAAGCGUCAGAUACAAUCAUACACACAUGCUGAAGUGUAGAGGCAAAAUAAGCACAUGCAGAAACACACACACAUACACACACACACGCAAACACAAGCACACACACACACACACACACACAAGCUUCUCAACAUACCCAUUUUCCCUAUCCUUUACAACCAUGCCAACCUUAUGUGUGUCUGUCUCUCAUGCUGGUUGGAUAUUGUCUCUUGUCUUCUAAUGGCAAAGAUGCUUAAGUAAACAAGACAUUCAACUCCAGUAGGCAGGGCGUCAGCUUCCAUCCCACUUCCACUGACUCUGUGAAUGCUGGUUUACAGGGGUACCAAGAAGAGCAGAGUGAAUUUUAAGCACAGCCAGAGAUGAGUGGUUGGUUCUCCCGACCGUGUGUUCUCAACGGCAAACAAGCAAUGACUUUUUAAAACGACCAUAAACUUACAGUAGUGGUGUGCCAAGACGCUUUUCAACAAGCAUCAGAGAAACUCCAGCAUGACACGACCAAAUUAAAUAAAGCAGAUCAGUAUCAGCAUAAUGUAUUCAUAGAGACCAGACACAAAAAUCCAAGCACCACCUGCUCUUUACUGCACAUGCUUAAGCUUCUCUUUGUUUGAGAUCAUUAUUCAGUGUAAUGGGAUGGAAGUUCCUGCAGAAAAAAAAAUGUUUUGCAUCCACGCUUGCUAAAUAUCAUUAUCAAUUACUAUUAUUGUGACUGUUAUUAUAAUAAUGGUAUUGUAAUAUGUGAAAUUUACUGAGAGUAGAAUAGCACUAGAGGACUGUCUAGUCUCUGGCUCAAGCACUGUUACUCAGACUGUUAUGAAGAACUAGAGUCUCACCAGGGGCAUUGUGGGACAUUCUACAGCCCAUACAAUAAUACCACUGCAAUCAGACCAAACCUUAUGUGAAGUUCCUUCCAGCUAGAGCUGCACUGGAGCUCUGCAUUGUGCACAAAAAGUGGGACACUUUUAGAGACCAGUGUUGUAAUGAGAGGUGUAUUAUUGUCCUGUAUGAAUGACCACCACAAUUAAGGUGAAUGACUCUACUUCUUUCUCCACUUUGUGCUGGACUUUACCUACUACCAGCAAGUCAAAGCCAAGACAAAGAAGGGAAAUGAUACAGCCAUCAUUUAUCUAUUGCUUUUCAAACUUUUGUAAUGUAUCGGGUGUUUAUCAUUAAUUAAUCAAUAAUAUUCAGUUGUCUUGCAUCCUGUGCGCACUUUUGGCUUUUAACAGACAGCACAUGAGAAUCACUGUAACCAAAGUGUAAUGAGAGAGAGAAAUGUUUGACAAAAGUGCCCCUCUGUGGUGGAUCAGGGUAUUGUCAGUCCACUGUUCUGCAGCUGGGAGCUGGUUGAGGUUUCUAUCUUCCUAAAGGAAAUACUAUACACUCAAACAACACUCUUUUUGGAACAUAUACAAGCUAUAUAACCUAUAUACUCUUCAUAUGUAGAACAUAUAGAAAUAUUAGACAAAAUAGAUGCAUCUAUAAAUAUAUUUUGAUAAGUGGUUAAUUACAGGGAAGGAAAUGCUGGAAUAAUACAAAUUUAGGAUAUUAGUAUUAUUAUUAUUUAUUUUUUACAAUACAUACAUUAUAUAAAUAUAUAUUUCCUGGAAUGUGAUCACUAUUGCAGCAAUACAUUUUCUCUUUGGUUAAACCACCUUAAAACGUAAUAAUUGUUAAGUCUAAUAAAACUGAAUUACUGAAGAAUGUAAAACAUUUAAAAGGUGUAUUACCACAAAUUGACUCCCUACCAGUUUUGUGAAUUUGAAAUUUUUUAAUUAAAUACUGCCUUCUGAAAAUACAUUAUGUUCUACAAGUAGACCACUUGCUGGAGAUUCACUUAGAAGCAACCAAUGCGCUUUAUUGGACAAGUAGUCCAUAUACCUGUUUAAAAAAAUGUUUUCCUCAGGGAGACAGAGGUCAAAGGUUAAAGCUAGAUGUGACAAAGAGGCUGCAAUGCCUGACCGAUGGAUAACGGGAGUUUUCACUGGCCAAUCAAAGUCCUGCAUUUGUGCCUGCUAUGUCUUCUAUGCCCAUGGUUUUAAAAUUGUUCCUGGAAGCCCACCCUGUUUGCUGGCUUUUGUCUCAGCCAAUAUCAUUUGAUUAAAAUGGCUGAACGACAUGUUUCGGUUGUAACACCAUUUUGUUCUUUAAUCUUUCCAGCAUGUGCAGAUUUAGCACACUGACACUUUGUCUGUCAUUAAACUAAAUAGUUUCAGUGACUAGGUGGCCACACUUUCAGUAAUUAGGACCCAAGUGAGUUCACCAUUACAGAAAAUGAGUGCACUUGUAGAUGUGACUGAUUAAAAGUCCUGGGAUAUGACAUUUGAGAUUGCUUUGUUAUGGCUAUUUCUGGCAUACUGCAACCUUUAAAGGGUAAAUUAUCCUCCAGUAGACAUUAGGUGUCUAAUUAAGGACAGUUAACAGCUGAAUGCUAUUCAAAGUUGUGAUUAUGGCAGGAACAAAAGCCAGCUUACAUGGUGGGUUCUCAGGAUUGUGUUGGAAACCCCCUGUUCUUCGCUAUUUUUACCUGUCAAUCAAUAAACAGCACAGUUAAAACAAA